AUGCGGCCGCGCUCCACCGCGGGGCCCCGCCGAAGGUCCCCGAGGGCAAAAGCACGCGCCCGGCGCCGGCCCAAGGAUGACAACGUCUUCCCGCGCGGUCAGGAGGCUGCGAGGGCUCCCGGAGGCUGGGGCUUCCCUUCCCAAGGAGGAGGGAGUCAAGAAGAAAAAACGAAGAUUGCAAAAUCCCGUCGAAAGCGGCGCAAGAGUCCAGAGGCAGGAGCGGGCCGGGGGCUGCAGCAGACUGAGCGCGCGGCCGCCGGGAGCCGCUUAUAUAGGUUUCCGGGUGGGGGCGUGGCCGCGAGGGAGGCUCGCGCCGCCUCCCCAUUGGCGGAUUCACAAAGACCAGAGUGGCCCGCUCCGCGAUUGGCUGGGGGCGGGAGGGGGCGGAGCUCGGCGCUCCGGCGGCCCCACGUGGGCAUCAGGCCGCGCAGCGCAGGCCGCGCGCGGGCUUUCCAGCGCGCGACGCCGGCCCGCGCCCCCGGGGAGCGCCGUCUGGAACCCCCGCCCCGUCCCCGGACAGUCCCCGGCCCGGCCCGGGGCUGGCGACCCUCCUCCCGCGGGGUCCCGCCCGUCCUCCACCGCAGAGGGACCCCAGGGGGGCGGCUGCAGGGUGGGGUGCGCGUGGGAGGCGCCCCCGGCCGGCCGCCCCACGGUCUAGCCUCACACCUGACCCCCCGAGGUGCUGCCCCCCCGCCGCCGCCGCCUUCGCCAGGGGGAAACUGA